AUGUCGGACCCAAACUCACCUCACAUCAAGGCGAGAAAUGACCCAUCCUGGGGUCUCUACCAACGUGAUAAUUUUUGGAAGCUGAACGGUGGGGAAGUUCCCCUUUUCAAUACUCAUCCCGAUAAACUUGAGGAGCUCGCCAGAGAGAAAUUGACGCAGAAUGGAUGGUACUACGCAUCGUCAAAUGCAGGCCUCUCCCAUACACACCUGGCCAACAGGCAGGCCUUCUUCAGGCACAAGAUCGUGCCCAAGCAGUUAGUCGAUACCAACGAGCGCUCCCUGCGGACUAAAGUCUUCGGACACGAGGCUUCUGCGCCAAUCGGGAUUGCCCCCAUCGGCAUCAACAAGAUCUACCACCCCAGGGGCGAGCUCCCGGUCGCGAAAGUCGCAGGCGAACUGUGCAUCCCUUACUCUCUGUCCACGGCCGGUUCGUAUCCCAUCGAGGACGUCGCCCGGGCCAACGACGAGGGCCGUAAGGCGACACAGGAGAGCCACGACCCGCAGGCCGAGAAGAUCCCGCCCGGGCCGCGGUUCUACCAGCUCUACAUGCCGCACGACGACGAGCUGACCAUCUCGCUGCUGACGCGGGCCCACAAGUCCGGGUUCACGGCGUGCAUCCUCACCACGGACACGUGGCAGCUGGGGUGGCGGCACGACGACGUCGCCACGUCCAACUACGCCUUCUACCGCGGCAUCGGCGCCGACCUGGGCCUGACGGACCCCGUCUUCCAGAAGCGGCUGAGGGAGCGCGGCAUCGACCCCGAAAAGCAGCCUGAGGAGGCCGGCGCGAUGUGGAUCGACAGCGUCUGGCACGGGCGGGCGUGGUCGUGGGAGAAGGCCGUCUGGGCCAGGAAGAAGUGGCAGGAGAUCAGCGGCGGGAAGCCUUUCCUCAUCAAGGGCAUCCAGCGGGUUGAUGACGCCGAGAAGGCGGCUGAGUUGGGGUUUGAGGGUAUCGUGGUGAGCAAUCAUGCAGGGAGGCAGGUUGACGGUGCCAUCGGCAGCCUAGACGCCCUGGAGAAGAUCGUGGAUAAGCUUGGGGGCAGGGAGGGCUUUGUCAUCACUUUUGACAGUGGCGUCCGCGGGGCCGCCGACGUGGUGAAGGCGCUUGCGCUCGGUGCAAAGUUUGUCUUCGUUGGGAGGCUUUGGAUUUGGGGGUUGUCUAUUAUGGGUGAGACAGGGGUGAGGCACGUAAUGAAGGGAUUGCUUGCUGACCUGGAUAUUCUGAUGAACUGUGCGGGUCUUUGGAGUGUGGAUGAGAUAGACAGAGGCUUGUUGGAGAGUCUACCCAAGGCUUAUGGACUUCUUGCAGAGAAGAGCAAGUUGUAG